AUGAAUCCAUUUUGCGAAGACUCUUCCUUCGAUCCAAGGCUGUAUGAAGUAAUAUGCAAGAUCAGAAAGAAGGGCGGGAAAGCAAAGCUUGGCGGGCUAAAGGAGCUAGAAGGGCUUCUAGAGACACUCGAUGUGGAUGGAGACAUAGACAUGGUGGUUGAGGUGGUUGAAGAGUGCAUUGUGUCUGAGGAUGUCCAGAUCAGAAACCAAUCGACAGACAUUCUUUACAAGCUUCUUUGUGUGGUGCCUGAUAGAAAGCAGCUUUCAAGAGUCGUUUGUGUGUGGCUGCAUGGGUUUGUGGAGAAUCCUGGCUAUGCGGUGUCAAGAAGGAUUUUCUGUGAGUUUGUGAAUAUUGAAGAGCUGGAGGAUGAGUUUGUGAAACAGCUGGAUUUCAAGGAGAACGUGACGCUGUCGUUGCUUUGCCUGCUGCUGUUAAUAAAGAAGGGAAAGAAGGAUUACCGGGGUGUGUUUGAGGAGAAUGUAAAGCACCUGAGGUUGAGCUCCAACAAGGAGCUGGAAGAAGUAUACAGGAUAUGCUGUGUGCUUGGCGCAGUUGAUGAUCUGUAUGAGCGGAUUGUGCGUAUUAAAGGGCAUUCACUGAUGAAUAUCAAAUGGAGGAUCCUGCUGGAUGUGUUUAAGAGUGUGCCUGAAUGCAUUGCUGAUGAUGCAAGGCAUCUUGACCAUGAGAUACUCAGCAGGGCGCUGUCUGGAAGAGAACGGUGUGAUGAGGUGAUGGUGAGGAGUGUUGAUUCGCUGAGAGUAAUUAAGGGCCGAAUUCAAGACAUGAAUGGAUACUUGAGCAUGUAUCUGAGAGGAGGAGCGGUUGAGGGGCUGUGUGUGUUUGAGUUUACUGAUGACCUUGGAUUUAUUGAUGAGUCUGUUGAGUUUAAAGUUGCAAAUAAGGUGAUUAUGAAUGUGAUUAGCAUGCAUUUUGCGAAUGAAGACAUGAUGGCCUGGCUAAGCAGGGUGCAAGAUGGAGCAGAUGAUGUUUGCAAGCAUGCAAGCGAAUGCAACGAGCAUAGUAGCCGCAUUCACGCAGUGAGUGAUAGAUUGGAAAUGGCAAGAAUGAUAGCGAAGAGCAUUGAUGGGCUUGAAGGCUGGAGACGGAUAGUACGAGCAGAUGCGAUAGGUAUGAAGCUUGAGCCAUGUGGAUUUAGCAGAGAGGAUGUAGAGGAGGUGUUUGAGAAGUCUGUGAAUGUGUUUCCCAAGCAGUAUAUGCUUGAGAGUGAGUUUGGAUGCGAUGUUUUCCCGCUUGUUAUGAAGUAUCCAGAUGAUGCUGGUGAGAUAAUGGUCAAGCGUGCAGUGAACACGAGGAACAUGCAUCUUUUUAUGAAGAGAUGCAAAGACUUUGGGCUGAUGCGGCAGCUGAUGGAUGGGAUGAGCGAUAGGGAUGUUCUAGAUGUGUAUUUGGCAUGCGAGGUUCCUGUGGAGCUGGAUGUUGACUUUUACUACAGGAUUGGAAGUAGGAUGGGAGUGCCAAGGAUGAUUGAGUAUGAGGAGGUGAUGAGAAGGUAUCUUGAUAGUGGGUUUAUAAUGAAUGCGAUUGAUGGAGGAGUGAUGGACAGGAGAAAGCUGUACGAUGCAGUUGUAAGGUGCAUGUCGCAGAUUGAGUUGCCGAUGAGCACGGCAUACACUAAUGAGUUUUAUGACACUGAUGAGUGUUUUUACAAGGAUGUAGAGGUGAGGGAAGACAAUGCGAUGAUUAGGAAGCUUAUAAAGCUGUAUGUGGAUAUUUACGAAAGCACUGAAGAGAUUUUUCUGCUUCUUGUGAUUGAUUCGAUGAGUGGAGAUGAGCCUGAUGAGCUUGAAGGGAUGCUGAAAAGCAAGGGAAGGGGUAGCAGAGAAAAACUAAUAAGAGAGCUGCAGAAUGAUGUGUCAUGGGUUGAGAGAAGCCGUAGGAUGGAUGUAGGAGCGAAGAUGCAUUUUGUGGAGAAGGUGUUUUUUGAGUUGGGAAUGAGCAGUAGAAGAUGUGUGGAACGACCGAUUGCCGAGCUCGUGAUGAAUGGAGGGAAUCGUGGAAUUGAUUAUGUGUUUAGGAAGUGCAGGUUCCCGCUGCAGAUUGUUCCAUUUGUGGAUUUUUCGUAUCUCAGCGAUGAAGGACUGAGGAAUGUGGUUGCAUCGUUGGUAAUGAACAAGGGCGGAUCGCAUGUGGACCUUGCAGGUGAAUGGGGAGGAAUGGAAAAGGAAGCGAUGCCUGAUGAGGUUUUGGCAUCGUUGAUUGGAUCUGGAAUCCGAGGAAUUAGGAGCAUUGGAAGUGCAUCUAUAAUUGGGAUGAUUGAGAAAGAUGCAAUUCUGAAGAGGAAGCCGUAUAGUAAGAAGAGGCGUGCAAUAUACAGUGAGUUGCUGAGGAAUGUGUAUGAAGAGGUUAGUGAGUCGAUUGUGAACAUGUACAGCAUUUCAAGGGUUGAGAGCGAGUCUGUGGAUGACGAGGUAUAUGAGGUUCUGAAGGGAAGCCUGCUUGGAUCAAGAGGCCUAUUUUGGGAUGUCUUGUUGAAUUCGCUGAUGGGAGUUAGAAGCAUCAAGAUUAACAUGUUUUUUGAGAAGAUGGUGCGUGAGAAGGAGGAGUGGAGGAAGUUUGUGAACGAGGCAGAUGCUGAGCAAAGGUCGUUGUUUGCAUUUGUGUUUCCGAAUAUUUUUGCAGAGAUGCCGAGGAUGGAGGUUGUUCUGGACGAUCUGAUAUGGAAAGAGGCGAGCAGGAACAUUGCGGGUGUUAGUGUUAAGAUGCAUAGGCUGAGCAAUGGAUUCAAUGUGAAGAUAAUGUAUACGGCAGGAGACAUGUGCUUUAAUGCGUUGAUAGUGAUACCGUUUGACUAUCCACAUGGAAAGGCUGUUUUUUCGUCUGAGAUAGGCAGAAAGAGCCUGCUGAACCUGAAGAUCAAUGAGUUGAUGAGGAGGUGCUCGAAGUUUAUGGAGCUUGUGUGCUUGUGGAAGAUCAAUAUUGACGAGAAGGUGUCUGGGCAUGAUGAGUGCCCGAUAUGCUAUUUUGUGAUUGACAUGCAUGACUCGUCGUUUCCGAACAGUCAAUGCUCUGGAUGCAAGAGUAAGUUCCAUGUAAGAUGCCUUACAAAGUGGAUUGCGAAUGGGGUGCGAAGCAGCUGCCCGAUGUGCAGGAAGCCUAUCGAGAAUGUGGAAAGCAAGACAGCGGCGUUUACUGCAAGGACAUGGUGA